AUGCUGGCGAAAGAGGGGUUAGCUGUGCCUUCCCCCGCUGUGCCUUCCCCCACUGUGCCUUCCCCCGCUGUGCCUGCCCCCGCUGUGCCUUCCCCCACUGUGCCUGCCUCCACUGUGCCUUCCCACACUGUGCCUGCCCCCACUGUGCCUGCCUCCACUGUGCCUUCCCCCGCUGUGCCAUCCCCCACUGUGCCUGCCCCCACUGUGCCUUCCCCCACUGUGCCUGCCCACACUGUGCUUGCCCCCGCUGUGCCUUCCCCACUGUGCCUUCCCCCACUGUGCCUUCCCCCACUGUGCCUGCCCCGUGCUGUGCCUUCCCCCACUGUGCCUUCCCCCACUGUGCCAUCCCCUACUAGGCCCUCCCCCACUGUGCCUUCCCCCACUGUGGCUGCCCCCACUGUGCCUUCCCCCACUGUGCCUUCCCCCGCUGUGCCUUCCCCCGCUGUGCCUUCCCCCACUGUGCCUUCCCCCACUGUGCCUUCCCCCGCUGUGCCCUCCCCCACUGAGCCUUCCCCCACUGUGCCAUCCCCCACCGUGCCAUCCCCCACUGUGCCAUCCCCCACUGUUCCUUCCCCCACUGUGCCUGCCCCCACUGUGCCUUCCCCCACUGUUCCUUCCCCCACUGUGCCUGCCCCCGCUGUGCCUUCCCCCGCUGUGCCUUCCCCCACUGUGCCUUCCCCCGCUGUGCCUUCCCCCGCUGUGCCCUCCCCCACUGAGCCUUCCCCCACUGUGCCAUCCCCCACCGUGCCAUCCCCCACUGUGCCAUCCCCCACUGUUCCUUCCCCCACUGUUCCUGCCCCCACUGUGCCUUCCCCCACUGUUCCUUCCCCCACUGUGCCUUCCCCCACUGUGCCUUCCCCCGCUGUGCCUUCCCCCACUGUGCCUUCCCCCACUGUGCCUUCCCCCACUGUUCCUUCCCCCACUGUACCUUCCCCCACUGUGCCUUCCCCCACUGUGCCUGCCCCCGCUGUGCCUGCCCCCACUGUGCCCCCCUGUACCUUCCCCCACUGUGCCUUCCCCCACUGUGCCUGCCCCCGCUGUGCCUGCCCCCACUGUGCCUUCCCCCACUGUUCCUUCCCCACUGUACCUUCCCCCACUGUGCCUUCCCCCACUGUGCCUUCCCCCGCUGUGCCUGCCCCCGCUGUGCCUUCCCCCACUGUGCCUUCCCCCACUGUGCCUUCCCCCACUGUGCCUUCCCCCACUGUGCCUUCCCCCACUGUGCCUUCCCCCACUGUGCCUUCCCCCACUGUGCCUUCCCCCACUGUGCCUGCCCCCACUGUGCCUUCCCCCACUGUGCCUUCCCCCACUGUGCCUUCCCCCUAG